AUGGCCUCUACAGAAGACCCCCAGAAAUAUGCUCCCUCCGAUGGGGAUUCCUCCGCACCAGCGCAGUCCUGGACAUAUCCCACGCGAACCUGUCGACUCUGUCUCGAAGAGGUCCCUGCCACAGUUACUCUCUACCCUCCCGGUCUUCCUCCCGCCUUCCAGCGUCCCAUUGUUGAGUACAAAAAUGAAGAUGAAUACGGUCGAUUGAUCAAGCCCUGCCACUGCAGAGGAGGCAUGCGGUACAUCCACGAGCUGUGUCUGAGGCGGUCUCGGACAGAGGGCGUGCGGCCGGGCUCGCUCUGGAAGUGCCACGAAUGUGGGUAUCAGUUCAACUUCAACAGGCUCACCAUCCAGAGAUACCUCGGCAGCCGAACCGCGUCGGGUGUUUUGACGGCAUUCGUCAUGCUGGUGAUGGUGUUUCUCCUCGGGUUCAUCGCAGACCCCAUCCUCAACCUGUACACUGAUCCCUACGAGACCAUCGUCGGCCACGAGGAUGUCUGGCAAGCCGUGGACGUCAACCACUCGAAGGGAAGCUUGUCCAGCUGGGCGCAACAUUUUACAAAGGGACUGGUGUCGAUGGGCGUGCUGAGCUUCUUGAGGACCAUGGUUUUGAAUCCUUUCCAGUGGUGGAAUCUCCGAAAUACCGGCCUCCUCUCUGGCAGAGUGUCUGGCAGAGCGGCUACGGGUCGUGACCGCGCCGUGAACGUCAGCUGGAUUGUGGUGGUCAUGGGCGUCCUCUCUGCAUCGUACUUCUUCUACCAGUGGGUGCAAACGAUCAUUGGCAAAUCACUCCAACGUAUAGGAAACAACAUCGUCGACACGCAGCUGCCGGGGGAUGAUGACGAUAUCAAACCGCCGCCUGGGUUCAAAUUUGGAAACAGCUACGCGAGCACUACCAAUCCUGAGGCCAGUUCCCGACAGGAUGGAAAUCUUCAUGCAGAGCAGCAUGAGGAAACAACCAAAGCAAGGGACUCAGAGGUUCCCCCAGCCGAACCAGACGUUAUGCCUGGGACUUGGGAGUCCAGGGGAUACAGUUCCGCAUUGGACGAUGCUCAGAGGCAAGGCUGGUCAUUCAGAGGGCUCUAG